AUGAGCGGUGGAGAAUGGCGGCCAACAUUCUUCAUCAACCAAAGAGACUAUAAGAAGACGGAUUUCGAAUUGAGCCUAUGUUACACUUUUCAUCCCAAUGCGAGCCUAGGAUUCGGAGGGCAAACCUCCGGAUAUGAGCUCCAAUUCGGAAACUCCUCGAGGACAGAGAACAUUGACACAGUGUCCUGGGAAGUGAAGAUCCAUCGUGACCUGGGAUGGGCCUCCACAUACGUAAAGUCUUCUUAUACUCCGGUCAGGGUGACGCCAGGAACGUAUAACCACGUGGUCCUCUCGGCCAAAGAAGUCGAUCAACUCCACACCCAGAACUAUCCCUGCGAGUCCAUGGACGGAUACAGCAGAGACGAAUGCAUGGAGACGUGCCUAUCGGAAUGGUUCUCCAUUUUCCCCCUGCGGUGUCGACUUUCGUCUAUGAACGUGUCUUUGCCGGUGUGCGAUCACAUUGGGGAUAUCGUAAUGCUUGCACGCUUAUUUAAUUAUGGAAUGGCAUAUGGUCAUCAGUUGCAUACGAACUGCCUCUGUCCGCCACCCUGCCAUCGCCUCCGCUACGCUGUGGACGUGAGGACUCCGAAUGAAGCUUUCAACAAAUAUAGCUAUCUCUGGAUCUAUUUCUCUGAGGAUAUCAUCGAAAUUCUGGUCGAGAAGGAGGUCUACGAUCUCAUCCAGGCGGUGGGGGAAUUCGGUGGCUGCCUUGGUAUGUUCCUCGGCAUCUCCCUCGUCUCCUUAUACGAAACCCUCGACCGACUUAUCCGAUUCUUCAUCGCAAGACGCAUCGCCGUGGAAUGA